AUGCUGGCCACCCUAUUGCUGCUUAGUCUUUCUCUCCCCACUUUGUGGACCCAGAUAUUAAUCAGCUGUGCCUACAAGAGUCUCUGCCAGCAGGCUCUACUCUCAGGCAAUGAUGUUGUCCUGCAGUGUGACCAUCCAAAGGCACUCUGGUACUACUCUUCUAUUCUUGAGGAGGAGCCAUUGCUGGUGUCCUCAAUGCCUAACAUAAAGAAACUGCCUGGGGGCAGCCUCCAACUGACCAACCCUCAGCCCUCCCAGACAGGCCUCUAUCACUGCCAGGACAAUGAGAGUGCCCUCGUGGUGGACUAUGAGCUUGAUUUCCAGGAUGUCACCACCCUGCAUAUUACACACAAAGGUCUGGGCCAAAAGCCCCUUCAGAAUGAGACUUUGAAGCUGGGUACCAGUGUACUUAUCUUCACCCAAUGGGAGCCCUGGCAGGACUGUAACCGCUGCGGGAAGCCGGGUGAGCGCAAACGCCUGGGGUACUGCUACAUUGAGGAGCCCCUGGAGAAACCCAUGCCUUGUUGGCUCUAUCUGAGAGUGGAGAAGGUGAAAGACAGCCGCAUGCGGCCUGAAAUGCAGGUGGAAGCCUGCCUUGUACCCUGUGACCACUUCAAGGAAAUCAACCAGCCAUACUUCAUCUUUGACAUUUACCAGUUGGGCAAGUUGACCAACAUAUGGCUCACCUGCCCCUUGGCCUCCAUCUACAGGUGA